AUGACAGUCCUUCACGAACCCCGAAACGUGAUGGUUACCGGUGCUUGCGGUUUCAUUGGAAGCAACUACUUGAAUUAUCAAUUCAGAGCAUGGCCUCACGCGAAUUUCGUCAACGUUGACAAGCUUAUUCUCAACAGUGACACUCAAUAUAUUGAUGAGGAGAUUCAGAAAUCGCCUAGGUACAAAUUGGUGCUAUCGGACAUCAAGAAUCGAGCCGGGAUUUUGACGGCUCUACAAGAAAAUAAUAUUGACACGAUUAUUCAUUUCGCUGCUGAUUGUACAUCGACUCGAUGCUAUGGACAACCGGUGGAAGCGAUCGAGAAUAAUGUCAUCUCGUUCAUCGAGCUCCUCGAAACGGUGCGCGUUUAUGGGAAACUUCAACGAUUCGUGCAUAUCAGUACCGAUGAGGUCUACGGAGACUCAGAUCUUGGACCGGAUGAGAAGGGUAAAAAUGAAGAGUCGAGACUUUUACCGGGAAAUCCCUAUGCUGCCACAAAAAUUGCCGGUGAAGCCUACGUGCAUGCCUACCGCACCGUUUAUGGGUUACCUAUCGUUAUGGCUAGGAUCAACAACAUUUAUGGGCCGAAUCAAUGGGAUGUCAAGGUGGUUCCCCGUUUCAUCGAGAUCGCCAAGCAGCGAGGCGAGUACACGAUUCAGGGAACCGGGCAACAAUUGAGGAGUUGGCUUUUCGUUGAUGAUGCUGCUGCUGGGAUACAGGCAGUUGCCGAAAAGGGAGUGCUCGGCGAGGUUUACAACUUGGGAACCUAUUAUGAGAAAAACGUCUCCGAACUGGCGCAUGCUGUACAAGCCGAAGUCGAUAAACAAUUAGGCAGAGAAGUUGUUGGUCCGAUAUUCAAGAGUAUCCCCGAUCGACCAUAUAAUGAUUUGAGAUAUUUAAUCGAUAUUUCGAAAGCUGAAACGGAAUUGGGAUGGAAACCAAGCACCAGUUUUGAAGAAGGCCUCCGACGUACCGUUGCCUCAGCACUGAAACCCCGUCCAUCUGUGAAGCUUUCCGUGAUUCUUGUCGGAGGAAAAGGUUUUGUCGGUGAAGAGCUACAGGUGGCACUGAAGAAGCAGAAAAUUCCAUUCAAAUUGGCCCAAAAGAAGCCUGGAUUUGACAGUGAUGCUGAGGUAGAAGAAGAAUUGGCGACAAUUGGCGGGACACACGUCGUUUGCUGUACAGGGAGAACUCAUGGAAAGGGUAUCAACACGAUUGAAUACCUUGAAGGAGGACCGGAUAAAACGUAUGAAAAUGUCCGCGAUAACAUGUACAGUGCCACAUUUCUUUCACACAUUUGCCGAAAAUUGGGACUUCAUUACACGUACAUUGGAACGGGAUACAUAUUCAGCUAUGAUCAAGAGCAUCCAAUUGGUGGAAAAGCUUUCACUGAACAAGAAGUCGCAUCAUUCUUUGGUUCAUCGUACUCAGUUGUUAAGGGCUUCACCGAUCGACAAAUGUUUCAGUUUAAAGAUUGGGAGAAUAUCAAUGCUCGAAUUACUCUUCCACUCACUUACAACAUGGAAAGUGGACGAAAUUUGCUCACAAAGAUCAUCAAUUACAAAGAACUCUUCGAUUUGCCAGUCUCGUUGACAAUUCUUCCCGAUUGCUUUGAAGCGUUGAUCAGUUUAAUGGAAAAACACCACGGAGGAAAUCUCAAUCUCGUCAAUCCUGGCCCGAUCUCACUCUAUGAUAUUGUGAAAUUGUAUCAACAGCUAGUCGAUUCCAACGUCGACCCGAAACCAAUCGGAAUCGAAACGGAAAGAGGACAAAAUUUGCUGGCAACAAAGGGUAAUUGUGCAUUGAGCACUGAUCUUCUGACGAGUCUCGAGAAAGUCCCAACUGCUGAAGAGAGUCUUCGAAAGAAUCUACCGCUCUUGAAAAGC